GACCAAACCCUCCCUGACUAAGUGGGCUGAUAGCUCCCGGCGCGCCUUCCCGAGUCACUGCUUAAGAUAGUUUUGUGAUUAAGCGAACUCGAACUGGAACUCGGACUGGAACUCGAACUUGAGUUCAAACUUGAAUUGAAGCUGAGCGAGUAAGACCGAACUCCGGGCCUGUAUCGAGCUUCCUUCCCAACCCUCCAGCAGCGUUCGGAAUCCUCGAAUCCAGGUCGCAUUGAAUUGAGAGAAUUUACAAUCGAACCUAACCCAUCCCUAAAACGAACAAUCACGCCGUCACCAUGGCAGGUGAAGCAAAGAAAAUCAGAGUGCUCGGCCUCCACGGCAUGGGAACAAGCGCCGGGAUUUUCAAGACACAGACAGCCGCCUUCCGCAGCAAGCUCCCUCCCAACUACACCUUUGACUUCCUGGACGCACCCUUCCGGACCGCCCCCGCGCCGGCCACCGACGUCUUCUUCACCUCCGACCAUCUCACGUGGUGGGAACACCCGACGGUCGACCACAUCCGGCGCGCCCACGCCUUCCUCGACAGCUACCUCGAGCAGCACGGGCCCUUCGACAUCCUCAUGGGCUUCUCGCAAGGCUGCUCGCUGAUCAGCAGCUACCUGCUCUACCACGCGGGCGUCACGCGCGGCGGCCCCCCGCCCUUCAAAGCAGCCAUCUUCAUCUGCGGCGGCGUGCCGCUGCCCGCGCUGGCCGACCUCGGCAUCGACGUCUCGCAGCGCGCCGAGCGGCUCGGCCAGAUGACGAGCGACCUGCUGCGGCAGCGGACGGGGUCGCUGGCGGCGAUGGCCGGCAACCCGGAGCUGAUCCAGCACGGCGUGGGCAUGUGGGACAAGGUGGCCGACCUGCUGCACGACCCGGAGGACAUCCCCGGCGAGACGGACGUCUUCGGCCUCGACUAUACGGCCAUGCCCGCCGACCUGCGCAUCCGCAUCCCCACCGUGCACGUCCUGGGGGGCAAGGACCCGCGCUGGCCCGCCGGCUGGCAGCUGGCGUAUUUUUGUGAUAAGAGGAAGACGUAUGACCACGGGGGCGGCCACGAUAUCCCCAGGACGUCUGUCGUGUCGGCUACGAUCGCUGGGAUGGUGGAGGAGUUGGCUAGCGAGAUACGGGGCGAGUGAGGCGUGCGCUGUGUGGGAGGGCGAUCCUCGUUGAGUUAAAAGGCGUUGGGUCAUUUUAAGGACUAGACGGGAUUAAGAACUUGAUAAAGGAGAUAGCAAUAGAGUUUGCUAGAGGAAUUAUACGUCUCCUUUCUGGGAGUGUAGGUAACUGCCUAGAUAGUGGAGUAAAGGCCCGGGUAGAGUGCACAGUUCGCAUGAGACCACACCCACUUACAAACUCGAAACACGGAAACAUAGGUAAGGCAGGGCUGGAUGAUGCGCGGGAGAAUAGGGUUACCUGGGGGUUGUUCGCUGUGGAUGGUGGUAGGUUGUAAACGCUUCCCUCGAUUCUCAGUCCUCGUUGUGGGAGACGUCGAAAGAUUUCUUGGCGAUCGUGGUGUAUAGGUAGUCAUCGUCCCAACUCCCACGCCAAAAGCCAGCUACUUUUAUUUGGCAGCGCUGUGAGACGGUGCUAGGUUCCUU